AUGAGGGACUAUCAAGCCAACCGUAUCGCUGUACGUGGAGUUGGUACUGUCCGAGUGCAGUUCAAAGAUUUUGACGGCCUAUUGCGCCUGGUCAUUGUCAAGGGCGGGCGCCCAAGUCUUCUCGGGCUGGAUUGGUUUCCGGCAUUCGGUAUCAAUAUCACGGGAGUGCAACGCAUCGAUCAGCAACCAUCCUCACUUGAUAACAUAUUCCGGGACUUUGCCUCUAUGUUCGACGGGACGCUGGGCUGCUACAAGGGACCGCCCGUGCAGCUUGCACUUAACCCUGAGGUUGUGCCUAUCCGCCUGAAGGCAAGGGUUCCUUUCGCACUGCGACCAAAAAUCGACGCCAAACUGGACAAACUGAUACAGCAAGGAAUCCUAGAGCCGGUUGACCACGCUUGUUGGGAAACCCCUAUUGUUACGCCACUGAAGGCAAAUGGGGACGUCUGCAUCUGUGCAGACUACAAGUGCACCAUCAACAAAGCCUUGCAGCAGCAGCAGUCGUAUCCGGUACCAGCUGUCAACCACCUGCUGGCAUCCCUCUCUGGUGGAACUGUCUUUGCGAAGCUAGACUUUGCACAGGCCUACCAACAGCUCCCAGUGACAGAUGAAUCUGCAGAGGCACAGACCAUUGUGACGCAUCGGGGUGCUUUUUGCGUUCAACGAUUACAAUUCGGUGUCAGCGUCGCACCUGGCAUCUUCCAGAGUUUAAUGGAAAACCUACUGCGCGGACUACCAGGCGUCAUUCCAUAUUUUGAUGAUGUCCUCAUUUCAGGUGCAUCACCCCAGGAAUUGCUUAGUCGCCUUCGAGAGGUCCUUCAGCGGUUCCAAGAUGCAGGGCUUAAGGUCAAGGAGGAGAAAUGCCAGCUAGGAGUGACUCAAGUGGAAUUUUUGGGUUUCCGAGUCGAUGCUGAGGGAAUCCACCCCACACUGGCCAAGACGCAAGCCAUCCUUAAUGCACCGUGGCCGUUGAACAGAGCCAAGCUAGAGGCCUUGCUGGGUCUUCUCAAUUUCUAUCAUGCAUUCCUUCCACACAAGGCCACUGUCACUGAACCCCUGCACCGUUUGUUGGACAAAGAAGGUCCCCUGGCUGUGGGGAAACCUACAACAAACUGCGUUCGACAAUGUGAAGAAGCUACUGGCAUCCAACCAGAUGCUGACACACUUCGACGAGAAGAAGCCGGUAAUCCUUGCCUGCGAUGCAUCCCCGUACGGAAUAGGAGCGGUGUUGAGUCACAGAAUGCCAGAUGA